GAAAGUGGGCAACACACGCACCGGGCGCACACAAACAUAAGAAGUAGCCCAACUAGGCAGAGGGUUCAAUACUCGCCGUUUCCCUCUGGCCGUCUCCUCAGUCUUCCAGACCUCUGAGGUUGGACUUCCGAAGUCAGGUGACCCAAAAGGCUCCUCUGAGCUCUAAGUUGUUUGACUUCUUGUUAUAUUGCUAUGGCGGAUGAGGAACUUGUUGAUCCGAAGAAAUAUCUUGAAGAGUCUUGCAAGCCAAAGUGUGUGAAACCAUUACUUGAAUACCAGGCAUGUGUUAAGAGAAUCCAAGGAGAUGAAACUGGGCACAAGCACUGCACUGGACAAUAUUUUGAUUACUGGUCUUGUGUUGACAAAUGUGUGGCUCCGAAGCUCUUCACAAAACUGAAGUAAUGAGGAAGAUGAUUUUGUGGCGCCAUAAUUUGCAUUUCUGCUUUCAAAUCGUGAUAAACAGCUUCUGAACAGUUAAUCUUGUUCUGUGAACUAUGGAUGAUGCCUGUAUGGUUUUCUGCCGCUGUACUGUGCAUAUUUUGAACUAUAUUAGACCCUGAGAGUUAUUAUGAUUAAUAAGAAAGAAUCCUGGGCCGUUAGAUUUGGCCAAUCAGAUUGUACAAUGUUGUCGUUCGUUUUUUAAGAGGUAGCAAUAAGAAAAAAACCUAUACAUGAGAAUAAUUUGAGAUUAGCUGAAGAAAUCAUAUCGUUUUUAAGUUAA